ACUUAUCUCGGAAAAUCGCAAGAGGCACACGCACCGCGGUACCCCCAAAAAGAACACACCGCUCCGCACAUUUCCCCUUCUCCAAGCUCCCACCCCGCAGUUUGCACGGAGAAAUGGACGACGACUUCGACUUCCCGACGGCCAACGGCGACGAGAUGACCGGAUCCGCGGACGAGGACGAACAGGCCAUGAAGGACCUGUACGCCGGCGCUGGUGGCGCCGCCGGAGCCGGGGAAGAGGACGAGGAGGAGUAUGACAUUGCGGCGAUGAAAGCGGGAGAGGAGAAGGGGAUCGGGAAGGAGGGGCUGCGGAAGAAGCUUGUGAAGGAGGGCGAGGGGUCGGAACACCCCGGAGCCGGCGACGAGGUCGAAGUGCACUACACGGGGACGCUGAUGGAUGGCACCAAGUUUGACUCCAGUCGGGAUCGCGGCACUCCAUUCAAGUUCACUCUAGGACGAGGCCAAGUUAUAAAGGGAUGGGAUUUGGGCAUCAAGACGAUGAAGAGGGGUGAGAAUGCUAUUUUCACCAUCCCACCAGAGCUUGGAUAUGGUGAAGAUGGCUCUCCUCCAGUCAUCCCUGCAAAUGCAGUGCUGCAGUUUGAUGUUGAACUUCUUUCAUGGGCAAGUGUCAAGGACAUCUGCAAAGAUGGCAGCAUCUUUAAGAAGAUACUAGUUGAAGGCAACAAGUGGGAGAACCCCAAAGACUCUGAUGAAGUUUUUGUUAAGUAUGAGGCGAGACUUGAGGAUGGGAGUAUUAUAUCAAAAUCUGAUGGUAUUGAGUUCACUGUGAAAGAAGGGCAUUUCUGCCCUGCUAUAUCGAAGGCUGUCAAGACUAUGAAGAAGAAUGAAAAGGCCGUCCUUACUGUCAAACCACAAUAUGGCUUUGGUGAGCAAGGCAGGCCAGCCUCUGCAGACAAGGCUGCAGUUCCCCCUGAUGCUACAUUGCACAUUGAUAUUCAGUUGGUGUCCUGGAAGACAGUCACCGAGAUAGGCAAUGAUAAGAAGAUCCAGAAGAAGAUCCUCCAGGAUGGUGAAGGCUAUGAUCGUCCCAAUGAUUGUGCAACUGUGAAAGUGAAACUUAUUGGAAAGUUGGAGGAUGGUACUGUAUUUUUCAAGAAAGGUCAUGAUGGCGAGGAGCCAUUUGAGUUCAAGACUGAUGAGGAGCAAGUUAUUGAGGGACUUGACAAAGCAGUGCUUAGCAUGAAGAAAGGUGAAAUUGCCUUUGUGACUAUUUCCCCCGAGCAUGCGUUUGGAUCUGAUGAAACAAAGCAAGAUUUGGCCGUGGUUCCUCCUAACUCAACUGUUUAUUAUGACCUUGAACUUGUGUCCUUUGAUAAGGAGAAGGAAUCAUGGGAGUUAAAAAGCAACGCCGAGAAGAUUGAAGCGGCUGCUAAGAAGAAAGAUGAAGGGAAUGUAUGGUUCAAGAUGUGCAAGUAUACUAGGGCUUCUAAGAGAUAUGGAAAGGCUUUGAGUUUUAUAGACUACGACAGCUCAUUUAGUGAAGAAGAGAAGCAGCCGUCCAGAGCUCUCAAGGUGAGCUGCAAGCUCAACAAUGCUGCUUGCAAACUGAAACUUAAAGACUACAAGAAAGCGAAGGAACUGUGUACCGAGGUCCUUGAACUUGACAACACAAAUGUGAAGGCCUUGUACAGACGGGCACAGGCACAAACCCAUCUGGUUGAUCUUGAUUUGGCAGAGCUGGAUAUUAAAAAGGCACUAGAAAUAGAUCCAGACAACAGGGAUGUGAAGAUGGGGUACAGGAGGCUAAAGGAGACGGUCAAGCAGUACAACAGAAAGGAAGCUAAAUUCUAUGGGAACAUAAUUGAUAAACUGGGCAAACUGGAAGACACCGAAGCCGAUGUAAGCCGGGUUCCAAGCAAGAAGCACGCGCGGUGGCCAUUGGUACCUCGGCUUAGAAAUUUUUUCACAACCGAUGGCAGUAUCGAGUCCUUGCUGUGGCUCCUGCUGAGGCUGCUGAUCCCAGUGAUGAUAUUAGUUUCGCUGUGUGUGGCUUACUACUUGCAGAGCGAAGUUUCUGAAAUAGACUGCAUUAACUGUUGAUGGCUCGUUUUAUGUGUUAUGAUUACGCAUGAUCUGUCUUUGUUUGUGAAAUGGGGCAGGCAGCUGUUGCCAUCGCUAAUGUAUUCUGAAGCUAUUGUAUGGACGAAUUGUCAAUCUGUCCAGGCGAACUUUUACUGCAUAUACUCACUCUUUUCCAUAAGUGACGUGAAUUUGUGUAAGAA